AUGGUGGCGCUUCCCCUCAGGCAGUCUGCCUCUAUGACCAGGCGCAUUGCCCAGCUCAAUGUCCGCCGAGGCUUCUCCAGUCGAGCCCCCCUCUGUCAAGAGAUCCGAGAUGCUUACAUUCUGAGCGCUUCGAGGACACCCACCGCCAAGUUCAAUGGCUCCUUCGUGACCGUCCCCGCGCCCCAGCUCGGCGCUGUCGCGAUCAAGUCGGCGAUCGAAAAGUCCAAGGUCCCCGUCUCCAAGAUCACCGAUGUCUACAUGGGCAACGUCCUCCAGGGUUCCGUCGGCCAGUCCCCCGCCCGCCAGGCCGCGAUAUUCGCCGGCCUCCCCACCAGCGUCGAGGCUGUCACCGUCAACAAGGUCUGCGCCUCCGGUCUCAAGGCCGUCGUCCUCGCCGCCCAGAACAUCCAGCUCGGCCUCGCUGAGGCCCAGGUCGCUGGUGGUUUCGAGAACAUGUCGAGGGUCCCCUACUACCUCCCCAGGGCCAGUGGCCUCCCCGCUUUCGGCAACAUCAAGCUCGAGGACGGUCUCAUCAAGGACGGCUUGACCGACGUUUACGAGCAGAUCCACAUGGGUAACUGCGCCGAGAACACUGCGAAGAAGUUCGGUAUUACCAGGGAGAUGCAGGACGAGUAUGCGAUCCAGUCGUACAAGAGGGCCCAGGCCGCUUGGGACGCCAAGGCUUUCCAGGACGAGAUUGUCCCCGUGACGGUUCAGCAGAGGAAGGGUGAGGUCGUUAUCGAUACCGAUGAGGGUUUCCGUGACGUCAAGCUCGAGAAGGUUCCCACCUUGAAGCCUGCCUUCGUUCGGGACGGCACUGGCACCGUCACCGCUGCCAACGCCUCCACCUUCAACGACGGCGCCAGCGCCCUCGUCCUCGGCAGCAAGGAGAUUGCUAAGGAGUUCGGUGCCGACUCCAGGGUCCUCGCCAAGAUCGUCGGCCACGCUGACGCCGCCGUUGAUCCUAUCGACUUCCCUAUUGCCCCCUCCAAGGCUGUUCCUAUUGCGCUCGAGAGGGCCGGUAUCACCAAGGACCAGGUCUCGGUCUGGGAGUUCAACGAGGCUUUCGCCGCCGUCAUCCAGGCCAACGGAAAGCUCCUCGGUCUUGAGAACGCCAAUGUUAACCCCUUGGGAGGCGCCAUCUCCCUCGGCCACGCCCUCGGCAGCUCCGGUUCGCGUAUCCUCACCACUCUUCUCCACCAGCUCCAGCCCGGCCAAUACGGUGUUGCCGCCAUCUGCAACGGAGGUGGUGCGGCCACGGCCAUCGUCGUCCAGAGGAUCAAGUCUGUCGAUCUCGUCAAUGAAUUCCUCACCCAGCUCCGCAGCUUCGUCCGCGCCCAAGACGGCGACAACCUCCGCGCCUGGCUCCAAGUCUCGCCCAAUGCGUCUCCUCAAUACUACAAGCUCGCAGGCGAGCUCAAGGAGCGGUACGGAGGCGGUGACGCGGCGCUAGAGGCGGCCGUUGAAGGGGGGCUCCCGGAGGAGGACGACGUGAGCGAGGGGCAGGGGUCGCCGUGGCCCGGCUCAUGCAGCACCGCCUUCGCAAAUCCCACCUACGGCGGCAUGCUCCUAAAGACGAGCAUGUCGCUGAGCGAAGUCCUCGCCCAACUCACCAUGAUGCUUAACAAGCGACCCGAUCUCACCAGCAGACUCCGCGGAGGCGACGAAGAGGGCAGGAAGUCCGUAGCCGAGUCAUCGGCCGAAAUCAUCCAAAAGAUCUUCACGACGUGCUUGACGGAUAGGUCGAGCGCGCGAUACGGCAAGCCCGAGGGGAAGAAAGUGGGCGUCUACAUGUUCGCGAACCUCGUGCUCAAGUUACUCUUCGCUUGUCGCAAAACCCAUCUCGCGAAACAAAUCUUCACCAACAUCUCCACAAACUCCCCCCCUCUCUCCCUCUAUCCCGCAGCCCAACGCGUCACCUUCCUCUACUACCUCGGCCGCUUCAACCUCGCCAACAACCACUUCAGCCGCGCCUCCGCCUGCCUCUCCAGCGCCUACCUCCAGACCCCGCCCAGCUUCACCUCCCACCGCACCCUCAUCCUCACCUACCUCAUCCCCGCGAAUCUCCUCCUCGGCGUCCUGCCGUCCCGUGAGCUCCUCUCCCGACCCGAAGCGCAGCCCCUCGCGCCAAUCUUUCACCCCAUCGCCGAAGCUGUUCGCAGGGGUGACUUUUUCCUCUUCCAGGAGACCCUUGCGGCCCACGAAUCGUGGCUCUUCGAGAAGGGUAUCCUGCUCACGUUGUCGAACAGGCUGCGUCCUUACCUCUGGCGUUCCCUCUCCCGCCGCGUCUUCCUCCUCACAUACACGCCCCCGACGGACCCCAACUCCCGCAAAGCGCCCCUCCUCGACCUCACCCACCUCCUCGCAGCAGCCACGUACCUCCAAAACCGCCUCGAGGGAUCCCCACCAACAACAACAGCCACCUUCCCAUCCCCGGCCAGCUACAAGAGGAAAAAACUACGCCCCAACGAGGGCCUGAUCUGGGGCAAUGCCCCCGUCACACCCCAGGACAUCGAACUCACCGUCGCCGCGCUGGUGCAGCAGGGGCUCCUGCACGGCUAUCUCGCUCACGACAUGGCAAAGUUCGCCGUGCUGGGGGCGAAGACGAAGGGCGCUGUUGCGGCCGGGUGGCCUGUUGUUGCUCGGGCGAUUAGGGAGAGGAGGUACGAGGAGGAUGUGGAUUGGGAUGAUGUGCCGGGUUGGGUGAAGGCGUGA